AUGAAGGAUCCUAACACUCUGGUCACUCAUGCAUUUCUUUUCUGGGAAUCGUGGAAAAGGGCUCAACAGCAGCAGCAUGUUUUACCCUCACUUCAACCUAGCAGUUUGACAAAUCCUACACACUGGAGUCCUCCUCCUGUUUCUUAUUUAAAGGUGAAUAUCGACGCUGCAAUGGAUUUUGUUAAUGACUGUAUGGGGUUUGGGUGGGUGGUUAGGGAUCAUGAGGGUCGGGUGCAGGGGGUGGCAAUGCGGAAAGCUGCGGGCUUAUUCUCGGUUCCAGAGGCUAAAGCGAUGGGAGCCCAGGAGGCGUUGAGCUGGCUAAAAAGUAAAGGUUGGGAGCGGGUGAUCAUUGAAUCAGACGCGCAGGUGGUGACGAGGGCGGUCGAUACGGGUGAUCUGAAUACUCCCUUCGGGGCAAUCGUCCGGGAUGUUCGUUCUUUACUGGACCAGUUUGAGUCGGCCGCUAUGUGCUUUGUGAGGAGAGGCAGCAAUUCGGUCGCUCAUGCGUUGGCGAAACAGGCUUUAGAUCAGCAGACACAUGUUUUAGUUGAUUUUUCUGAGUAUAUGUCGUUCUUUAUUUCUACUUUGGUCUGUAAGGAUAUUAUGUUUUAA